GACGUCGGCGGCGUUGUCAGAUUUCAACCCGCACAGACACGCGACCGACGAUGAUGCUCAUGCGGCGAGCGGCGCGGUUCUCGACGACGGCGGUGCCACGUGUGACGAUCAUGAGCCCCGACUACGUCAAGGAGACGCCGCUGCUUCUCUCAACCCGCGACCACAUCGAAGGCCGCGAGGUCAUCCAGGAGCUCGGCAUGGUCUGCGGCAACGUCGUCCGCACCAAGAACAUCCUCGAAGACAUUCUCGCUGCGUUUGGCGGCGUCCUCGGCGGCGAGACGCGGUCAUACUCGUCGCUCAUGAACGAGACCAACAACGAAGCCGUGCACCGUAUGAAGGCGGCUGCGCUCGCCCAAGGCGCCACGGCUGUCGUGCGCACCAAGUUUGAGACCAACCUCGCCAUGAACCGGUUCGUCUUUGGCUUGCACUGCAGCAGCGUUUGCUACGGCACGGCCGUUAUCUGCCGCCCGAAAACGUCGACCAAGACGCACAAGGAGCACGACGACGAGUAGAUGCCUUUGCUAUUGGUUCGCAGAGCCUGCAGCUUCUCGAGCAGAAAUAGACCUGUAUGCUGUAUAUCGCCGGCCUUGGAUACUUCC